ACCAGAGUAGAUAAUCAAUACUAUAAGAACUCGUGCUGUGUACAAAAUCCACAUUCAAAACUAUUUUUGCUAAUCAGAAAAUUGUCUUUAGAUUUGUAAAAAUGUCAAGAUAUGCCAAACAAAAACUGCCUGAAUCGCUCACAUUCGACGAAAACGUUGAAACCAACAACGACGACGAUGACAUUCUGUUACUCAAAGAUGUUACCGUCAAAUUCCACAUCCUCAAAUCGCAAAUCGUAACCCAUGCUUAUCCGAACAUUAGCACGGUAGAGGAAGUUAAGAAAGACAUUUCCAAAAAGUUUCAGACUCUUCCUAAAUAUCUCGUUCUGAAGCAACCCGACAGUAUGAAACCCCUAGAUGAUCACCAGCGUUUAUUCGAUAUUUGUGAUAAUGAGUAUGGUAUCAUCGACAUAAACCUAGAGUUGUCUGAAAACGCACUCGAAGAAAACGUCAAAUUGGAGCCGCAGAUUUACUACAACAAUUUCAACCUGCCGGAUUUCAUUACUGUUCGUGUAUCAGCUGAUGAUAAAACGGACGGAAGCUUAAGUCGUGACCUUGUUGUGGAAAUCGAAAACCAAGCCAUCAUGAAACCUUUUGUCGGUGGUUACGUGGAUAAAAUUACAAAGACCGAAUACCAUGAUGCCUUCACACAGACUGGUCCACUUUUGACCCAAAUUAAAUAUGAAGGAAUUUAUAGUCGUGACACGCAGACGGUUGAAGAAAAAAGCAUAGAAAUUGAAACGCCUUGCGAUCGAGCAACCGUUAGCUAUGGAGAUGCUACGGCACUCUCCUACGCAUCCAAAUAUACUGACAGAGUUAUUGUGGCGAAAAACUACGAAAGCUACGACGAGAUGACAAAACGUAUUGAUCCUAUCGGUAAAAUUAUUUUAAUUCAGCGCAAUUUUCGUCGGUAUAUGUGGCAAAAACUUAUUAGGGAGAGCGCUGCAGAGUGGAGACGUAUGCAGAAAGAGCAGAAACGACGUGAAAGUAGGCGUUCUAAAACACGGCAGGAUGAAUACCGGAAGGAGUGUAUUGUAAAAACGUUUCCUAAAACCAAACAGGAUUUUGAUGCGCUUCAUGCUCAGGUGCAAAUGUGGAAAGAAAACGAGCUCAAGCAAAUUAGCGAAAAAUAUUCAGGUGCUCCUAAGAUAGCAGAGAUGAACAUGCUGCUGGACAAGGAAGUUCAGUUGCUGAACGGCAUCGAAAGGCAACGUCAGAUACUGCAGCAGGAGGCCAAGAAAGUACUCAACGAACAAAUUUUGAAAAAGUUAGGCGACCCUGUUAAAUGGGUUGGAUAUACCAAUUUGAUAAUUCAAAUGGAUACGCUGAGAAAUCAACGGGCGCGCUAUUUGGCUCAGUAUUAUCGGAAACUGGCAGAUGAACCUCUUGGGGCUCACGGACGAAUGACAUUACUCAACCGUGUUUCAGAUGUGAUUGCUAAGGAAGUUCAUCCAGCGGUUAACGAGCUGGAAACACUUUUAGAACGCGAGCGACAACUGCUUAUUAGCAACAUUGACGACACAGGACUAGAUUUACUCAGAAAACGUCAACUUACACUCUUAAUGGAUAUUAUUAUUCAUGAAAAUGGUGAAUCGCAUAGAAAACACAACACACGUUUAUGCAAAAAAUGUAGUAAAGUUCGCCCGAUUGCCAAAUUUCCACUUGAUACACGACAAACGUCGGCGAGUAUCUGCGAUCGUUGCUCUGCCCUCCAAGGUCCAGCGGUCGACAUUGCCAUCUACCGAUCUAUUCUACGUUCAAUCCGACGUGAUGAAAAGAAACGCGGAGCAUUAUCGUCAUUUGCCUUUAUAAUACACGACAAUGACAUCAAGUACAUAGUCGAGAACAUCUGGCAUGGCCAUUCAGCUAUCUCGAACGAAACAAACCGUUCGGAGCUUCGACUACCACGGUGGAACAUCGCCCAGGAUUGGGCACCUUGGAACUGCAUUUGUCUAACCGAUACGGAAUCACGAGCACAUCUCAAAAUAAAGAAUCUUAACUUCUAUUAUGAGGACAGCAUAAUCAAGUAUAUUAAGAACAAGCAUGCGCUUUCUAAAACUGCAUUCAAGCAGCUGCGAGAAAUUGACCAAGUGUUUGUGGAAUCAGGUUCCUGGUGGCAAGUUGGAUUAGAUGGUAAAAAUAUCUAAAUUUGGAACGACAUGUUAGUGCACUAACUGCAAUCCACGUGUAUUUGGAAUUCUAUAUUUUGGUAAAAUAAUCACCUAUACUCUCAGACUAACGAGAGUUUUGAACCUUUUUUGUAAAUACUCUACUCGCUUCAGUAGUUUGUCGCUGGUAUUGAACUCACUGUAGGGAAUCGAUAGUACUGAAUAGCCACUUUUUUCCAGCAAGCGGCAGGUUAGAGCUUGAACCCCGUUUAAUGACGGGUGCGGUCCCUGGCACAUGUCAUGAUAAUCGUGCACAAGUAAGGCGAUCCUGAAAAUAUGCAUAUAUUAUUUCAAUUACUAAAACAGUUGAAUAGAAACAAAAAAGAUUACCGUUUGGCAUCCGCGUGUUCUUUGUCGACUGCCAGCGGUAAGCACCUCGAAUCCAGCACGCAUUCUGCAUCUGCAAAAACAAAGUAUAGUUUAUAUUAUGCAUAAUAAUACCUUAUUAUUUUCAAUAUAUGAUAAGAUAAACGGAUCUGUGACUAUUUUUAUAAAAAAAGUUCAAUAAUUGUUAGCGUAACAUAAAUAACAGGAGACAUAACAUCCAUAACGAUAUUUGAAAAUUUGUGAAUAUGUGUAUGAUAUUUGUGUGGGUUUCGUCGAACGAAAAAAUAAUAGGGCAGUUUUAUGAUUUCAAAUAGAAGCUAUUACUAACUCACCAAUAGCGAAUCCCAUGGUUGUUCUCUGAUUAAUCCGAACAUGAUUUUCCGACGGAAGAAGACUUUUAAGUGCAUCCAACAUUCCAGUAAUCAAUACACGUUUGCUUUUCGAACAUUCAAUAGGAACAAACAACUUAGGGUCAUUUGGAUUCAAUGUGCUAAAAUCAGA